AUGGACGCGACUUUCAGGUCUAAGUUCACCAGAAGAAUAGCAGAAGCCCCUAUCAAGGAAAAACCCAAGAUGCCUCAAACAGUUGGCAAAUUUGACGGUCUAGGUGACCCUGAUGACCAUCUUAACCUAUUCAAAAGUGCCGAUGACGUAGCCUGUUGGUCCAUGCCCCUAUGGUGCAAAAUGUUUGUGCAAACGCUGAUAGGCGCGGCCCGGGUCUGGUGGGAUAGUCUGCCCACCGGCGAAAUAGACAGUUUUGAAGAUCUAGAAUUCAAAUUUAUCUUACAGUUCAGCCAGCAGCGCAGACACACAAAGGAUAGAAACGAGCUCCUCCACAUCCGCCGGCGAGACAAUGAAACGGUGGAAUAUUUUAUUGUGAGGUCCAAUAAGGAAAGCCUGGCAAUCCCGGGGGUGACAAACGACCUAGCAUGUGGAGCCUUCCUGCAAGGAGUAAACGAUGAUGAGUUGUUAAGAACACUUCAUGGAAGGGAUGGCGUGCCCCCCACAAUAGACGAAAUACUUCGAAUAGCCAAAGUUUAUGUCAUACAAGAGAAGGCAGUGGCAGCCAGUCACGCGGCUAAUAGGAAAAAGGAAGCUCUAAAAAACCAGGAAGAAAGGGAGCACCGGGGAUCUAGAGGUAAGGGUAGAGGAGACCGAUACCAGAGGAAUGAUAAGGCUGACGCACCGUAUGACAGACACCGAAACACUUAUUCGAGGAACGAGCCUUUGAAACCUCGAUCCGACUACCCCAACCUGAGCAAGACACCGGUAGAGAUCCUAGCCUCGGAGAAUCUCAAGUUCAAUCCUCCAAAGCCACUGAAAGAUAAUCCCAACAAAGACACAAGUAAAUACUGUGAAUACCACAAGGGGAGCGGUCAUGACACUAACGACUAUUUUCAGCUAAAAAAGAAGAUCGAAUAUUUCGUAAAGGCGGGCAAAUUGGCACACCUAGUAAGAGAUAUCAAGCAGGGACCACCCGUCGUCAAGGAAGAAAACGAUAAGGCGGCAGGAAAGAGGCCUCGGGAAUUGAAUAUGGUACACGCGGAUAAGGGGAAAGAGGCAAAACGGAGUUUCUCCACGCUUGAACCCUGGAUGCUAGUAACAAUGACUAUCGAACCCCGCAUGGAGGAUUUACACCUCAUAACCGAUGCCCUAAUUAUAUCCGCUGCACUAGGAGAUUACCGCAUGAGGCGAAUCCUAGUCGACACCGGGAGCUCAGAAGACAUUAUCUAUGAGCAUUGUUUCAAUAGAAUGCAACCAGAAGAUAGAAAACUGCUCGAAUCAGUGCAUGCUCCCAUUAAAGGAUUCACAGGCGAAAAAGUUGACACUAUUGGCCAGAUCACUUUCCUGGUUACAUUUGGACAAGAACCAUACUCCUAA